AUGAAGUCUGACGUGGAGGAACUGAUGCCAAGACUCCUGCCUGUGGAGCUUAAAGACAUUAAAGACGAGUUGGAUUUAAAAGGACCGCCAAGAAACCCCCAAGAAUACAUGCGCCAAGUCCAGUUGGAGGCGUCAAAGUGUCCUGAUGUGAUGAUCGCUCAGAUUGAUCCCAAAAAGUUAACAAAGAGACAGACAGUUUACGCCUCGGUUCCGAGCUGUCACAUCGCCCCAAAAGGUUUCUCUCCCAGUCUCCGUUGGCAGCAGAAGCAAGUUAGCACAUUCUCAGACGUCAGGCAGAGUAUCACCAAAAACAGGACACACUGGGGUACACAGCCUCUUGAGGGCAACGUGAUCAUGCCUAGUGUUUCCGACGAGGAGGGUUGGAAGAGAUUUUGUCUGGGGGAGAAAUUCUGUUUAGGUUCAUGUUCCGAUGCUGAUGCAGACCCUGAUGCGGAACUUGAUUAUAGCCAGGUGGGCUUCCCUCCUUUCCUUAGUAUUGUCAGCCGCCUCAACCAGUCAGCAGUUUUGGGAGUUCUUGAAAUUCUUAUUAACUGGUUUGAAGAAAAAGACUUUAUUCCACAAUUGGGCAAAUGGUUGUAUGCACUUUUGGCUUGUCUGGAAAAGCCAUUAAUACCUGAGGCCCACUCUUCCAUCAGACAACUGGCCAGAAGAUGCGCACACCUACGAACCACAUUGGAGAGUCAAGAUGAUGAAAAACUACCUGCACUCAAUCUUCUCAUUUGCCUUGUUGCCAGAUACUUUGAACAGAGUGACCUUGCAGACCAACCAGAAGCUGAUAAUUGA